UCAUGUCCACCUCCGCGUACUCGUCUGCGCCAUCACACAUAUGUACACGCACACAAAGACAAGAUGACACCACCCAUCCACCCGUGUGACAUUCCUCUCCCGCUCACCAUCACUGUCACGUCAAAGCCGAAAUCCCUCGCGUAGCUGCCGAUGGUGAAUCCGGGGAGGCUAUGCAGUGAGACAUCGGCAAACACAUGGAUGGCAGCCGCACAGAGCGCCCGCAGCGCCCUGACUGAAUCAACAAAGGACACACACCAAACGCAUGAAUGAUGACGGUCAAACUUGAUGAGUGCUGUCGUCGGUGGCUGGCCUACUCAUGUCUAGCUCGUAGUCCUUCUUGCUCAUGAGCAUGUUCCUGUUUCUGAUCCAUGGUCGGGCGAAUGCCUUCUCCAGCAGGCCGAAUGCAAUUCUGUCCAUCCUCUUCAGGCGCUGCUUGACCCGCUGGUCAAUGUGUGGGCGGCAGGACUGAUGGCUGCGCAGGACGUCGGGCAGAACGGCUCGAUGAGAGCAGCUGCUGUGACCUUUGCCCCGCCGCAAAGCCCCGCAGCCAGUCCUCUGAUGCACCUUGUCAAGCUUGGCUUCCAU